AUGGCACCAAGCUCCCAGAGAAACGCAUGUCUCUCAUGUCGCCAGAGAAAGCUCAAAUGUGAUCGACAACAACCAUGCGCGAACUGUAUUGCGCGGUCGGUUGAUUGCGCAGAGCAAGACCUGCCUCCUAAUCGAGCAGUCAAAAGACCGUUACCUCAAGAGGCAAACUGUUCCGCACUGUCGAGCAUACUCUCGAGACUAGAUCAAAUCGAGACUUACCUCAACCCAACAAAAAGGAGCAAACACGUCUCUAUAUCGACUCCAAUUGGCAAGCAGCUGAACGCCAUUCGAUUCAAUGUGCCCAGCGUCUCGCAACCCCAAGAACCCGCUUCCAACAACGUCGCGGAGUCAAUGACUCUUGAAGAUCAAAUGCAAGCCACCAAAUACUCGGUCAAUGAUAGUUUCCUGUAUCGCGCACUCACGCACGAGCUUAGUAUAUCAAUCUCAGCAGACUACAAAUCUCAGAAAACAAUCGAACCUCGCCACAUACAACUUCCUCCCAAGUGGGAGGUAAUGCGCCUAUUUCAAGUAUACUUUCAAUACUUGGGCCACGUCCAAAACAUCAUCUACGAGCCCCACGCUGGUAUUCUUGUAGAUGAGGCAUAUGACCAAAUCGUCAAUAUUUCUGCAACAACUGCACCUCGAGGAGUCGCCUUGAUGUUAUCCGUCAUUGCCUUGGCGACGAUCCUUGAGCCUGUGGAUGGUAACCUAACUUCAGCUAUCGCAAUACUCAAGGAAAGGCUGGUGUUAUUUGCCGCCUACAUUCGAAUGGCGAUGGACUGUCUAGAGCAACAUCGUCGAAGGGCGGACCAUACCCUUGAGAACGUACAAGCAUUGAUCCUCCUCAGCUUUGGCAUCCAUCAUACGGAAACCUUUUCUCCUCGGUAUCGUAUCUUGCUUGCUGAAGCUAUUGCUGUUUCUCAUAGCCUUGGACUUCAUGUUGUUGACCGGGUACCUGCUAAACAGGGCCAUUCCAAGGUUGAUGGGGACCCAGUGACACAGGAGAUAAAGAGAAGGGUCUGGUGGUAUCUUGUAGCGACUGACUGGGCAUCUUCAAAGGCAGAAGGAACGUCUGGAGCUACUUACCUCAUCCAAGCAAAUCUCAUGAACACGAAACUGCCAAGACACAUCAAUGAUGACGAUCUCAGUAAUCUUGAGUACAAGGAGCGGCCCAUUUCGGAACCAACCACUAUGUCCUACAACCUUCAGCGCGUCAAGGUUGCCGAGGUAGUUCGCUGCAUUUCCGAUCUAAUGCCGCACGAUCCAAGCGAAGCAUCAUGCGAGCUAAUCCUCUCAUUAGAUGCCAAGCUGGACUCCUUGCUAUCUGAACUCCCAGCCUUCUUUAAGCUUGAAUUAUCAGAGUCGGAAAGUACCAAAAAAGUUGACCAAAGCUAUCCCCACAUUCCGAUGCAACGACUCUUGAUCAACCUUCUGAUUAACAUUUUUCGAUGCGGACUGCAUUUCCCCUAUCUUCCCGGACGUGUCAACAAGGCUCUACAUGCCUUUUCGCGUCAAGCGAGCCUCAAUGCUGCCCGAGUUGUCCUUUCCUCCCAGCGAGGCAUGAGCAUGACUGACAUGUCGCACUCUGCUGAUUUCAUGAAGAUCCAGGGCACCAUAUUCCACAUGUUUAUCGGGGCACUUGUUCUUACUACUGAUAUCUGCUGCAACCAGGAUGGUCAGAUGCAAUUAUCUGAGCUGAUGGAUGUUCUGAAGAAGCUGGACGAUGUCAAAGAUCAUUCGAAGAUGGCUGCGAAGUUACUAGAUAUUUUGAUGCAGUUGCUAGUCUCAUAUGGCGUUUGGCCACCAUCUACGACUAUCUCGACAUACACUGAAGAUGCAACGCCACUGGAAUCAGUUUUAUCAGGAUAUGAGGGCUCUAGGCUAGAUAGUCUUGAUAUGCCUUUCCCGUUUGAUGAGUUGUGGGAGACAUACAUCGGGCAGCCUUACGGCUUGGAUAUGCUAGAUGUUUUAGAAGUAUGA